GAAUAUCAAUAGUAUAGGAUUGUUUGAAUCGUACAAAAAAUUGUUGUUCUAACGAUCAAUCCUGAACAACUCACAAGUGUCGAUUGCAGGUAUUUUUUUCAAGGUUAAAUCGCAAUUAUUCAAAUUAUCAUCGUUAUGUAAUUCAGCAAUCUGAUUCGAGACAAUUGCAGACAAUAUUUUCCUCUGUAUGAAGAUCUUCGAACAAGAUCAAUUUCUUCAGAUAUUCCCAAAUUUCGAUGAUCCUCUGCGGUAUGUGGCCUUUAAAACUGAAAAGUCCAUUCCUUCAACAUGCCUACAAAACCUACAGAUUAUUCAUGAGGCUGGAGCUGAUUGGUGCACUUCUAUUGUGCGGCCCAAUAACAGUACCUUAUGCUUUUUUCAUCGAUAAAACUCUGUUCAGCGAAACCUUGAGCUAUGAAAUACAGUACAUAACUCUUCUGUUAAAAGUAUGGGUGUUCGAAUCUGAAGCUGCAAGGAACCUGCUCAAAGAAUCCCUGGAGAUAGAAGAAAGGAUGGCCGAUUCGGGGAUCCAGGAAAAUUUGAGAAUCCUGAGGAGAAAUAAGAGGAUCAAUGUCAAAUUGUCGAUAAUUUACACGUUGAUGAUAACCAGCGCUUUCGUUAUGUUUUGUAACGCCUUACUCAUUCAAACCGAGACCAAUUGGAAGGAAAUUGAACGUAAUUUGAACGGUACUUUGUCUUCAAAGUCAGUGAAAAGGCAACCUAUAGUGUUCACCCUGCCUUAUAUGAGUGGAGGGUGGUUUUAUAUUGGGAUGUUCGCACAGACUCUGGGUGUUAUCUUCGUUAUACUUUAUUCCAUAGCCACACAGUCCAUAUUUUUCACGUAUGUGACAUUCACUGUUGCCCAGAUACAGGCGUUGAGGCAUUCCCUAAAAAAUUUCGAAGAAAAUGUGGAUUAUUCAAUAUGCCAAUCAAAGGAAAGUUGUAUAGAACAGUCGCUCAAACGGAAUAUACUAACUCACCAAAAACUGAUAAGAUAUGUUAAGUCCCUAGAUGGUUUCCUAAAAUACGCCACUUUAUUCGAUUUCGCUUUUUAUUCCCUGCAAAUAGGAGCCACUGUCAGCAAAAUAUUGUCGGAGAUUAAGCAUUCAGAAUAUUCUGCUGUAUUGUUCCACGUCAAUUAUCUAUGCUUCAAUUACUUAGGAUUACAUUUUAACUACACGAGCGCAUAUGAAAUCAUUUUCGAGAGUUCUGGCCUCUCAAUGUCUAUCUACGAGAGUAGAUGGUACGAACAGAAAGUGAACAUUAGGAGAAGCUAUAUCAUGAUGAUGAGGCAAAUGAAACAUCCCCUGUGCCUGCACAUUGGACCUCUGUACGCUAUGUCGAAUGAGAUGUUGAUUCUGAUCAUCAAGGCUGCUUACUCCUAUGUGACCCUUUUGAGCAAAUCUUCAGAAUAGAAAUUUCAACGUUUACGAAUCAAAACACGAAAAUAGCUGCAUAGUUCGAUAUGUGUAUGUGAGCAAUAUACAUAUAGGUAUCUGAACAUUAAUAACCCUCACUAUUUUGUUCCAAUGUUUCCCAUUUCUUUUCAGUAUAUUUCAUCGAAAAUAUGAAGGGAGUAACGAAAGGUUUCGAAAAUGCUACCCCUGCUUAGUUCUUAGAUACAGCUCUCUAAAGAUUGCACUUGAAAUGCAAGUCCCAUUUAACAUAUUCUUUGUUCAAACUUUGUUAUGGAAAUCAAAUUGAACAAUGGUCAAUAUAAUAUCUGCCAAUAACAUUUAUUCUGGGGCAAAACAUGUAGUUCAACAAAAAUUAAACGUAUAAGUGUGAAACAUUAAACAACUGAAUUAUUUGCCGUAUACAAUUACUGGGUAUUUAUAUACAUAAGGGUAGUAGGGGUAGUAGGGAUAUCCUAUAUAGGCGCUCUCAGCUCCUUCCAGUUCGUCCUUCGGUCCAGUUUUGGCAGAAU